AUGAAUAAUAGUGCCUCCUCUUCUCCAAUGAUCAAUUCACAAGAAAUUCAAUCAUCACAGGAGGAAGAAAAUAGGACACCACUAAUCAAGCUAAAUGUAAAACCAAUACCUAAAUUAUUUACUGUUUUAAAUUAUCCUAUAAUAAUUAUAAUGUCAAUUAUGAAUGUUUUUUAUUCAUUAUUUGUGAAUAGUUGGAACUUUUUGCAUUCAUUAUUUUCUCCCCCACAAUCUAAGAAAAAGAAACAAAGAAAAUCAAAGGAAUAUGAUAAUUCAACUCAAAAUAGUUCCACUUCUUCAAAUUCCUCCUCGAGCUCUUUACCCCCACUGGGGUUCUUGUCUGUUCUGUCAGGUAGGACAAGCCGUUCCAAUUCUAAUGCUGAAAAACCAACACAACAAUCAAAAAAGUUUUUAAUUUUGGACUUGGAUGAAACAUUAAUUCACGCCAGCACUACACCACCAAGAGCUGAUCAUGAGAGAUUGUACAAUUAUAUUUUGGAUGUUCAAAUAGAUCAUGUAAAUUGUACAUUUUAUGUUUCUGAAAGGCCUCAUUUGAAAUUAUUUAUGGAAAAAGUAUGUGAAUGGUAUAAUGUUGUAAUUUUUACAGCUAGUGUUAAAAAUUAUGCAAACCCAGUCAUUGAUAGAUUAUACCAUUCUGAUAAGAUUGUAAAACGAUUAUUUAGAUCAUCAUGUUAUGUCACUGAACAUGGUGUCUAUGUAAAAGAUUUGAAAACAGUGACUGAUGAUCUCAGUAAAUGUAUGAUCAUCGACAAUAGUCCUAUAUCUUACAUGUGGUACCAAGAAAAUGCAAUUCCAAUUUCAAAUUGGAUGGGAGAUAAUGAACGUGACAGAGCUUUGCUAAAUUUACUGCCCUUCUUGGAAGCAAUGAGACAUUUGGAAGAUGUAAAAUCAAUAUUAUCUUUUAGAAUUGGUUUAUAAAAUCAAAAUAAUCUCCUUUAUUCAUUUUAGAAUUAGUUAAUUAUCUUUUAGAUAUUCUUCAUAUUGUUGAGGGGUAAUGCAUUUUUUGAAUGAAAAUGCAUGAAUUCCUUUCAUUUCUUCUUGGAGUUUAGUAUUGACAAGUCUUUGCCUUUCCAAUAAUUUCUUUCCCUCAAAUUCAGGGCUUACAAUAAAUACAGAAAAUGCUAAUUUGC